AUGAAGCUGUAUUGUUUUUCUGGUCACCCUACAUUACCUUGCAAUGUCCUCAAAUUCAAAUCCACCACUAUAAUGCUGGACUGUGGUCUGGACACCACCUCUGUCCUCAACUUUUUGCCCCUUCCCCUGGUGCACAGUUCAAGGCUCUCCAAGCUACCUGGCUGGGUGUCCAAAGAUGGCACCAUAAACUUGGAAAAGGAAUUAAAGGAGUGUGCAGGACGAGUGUUUGUGGAUUCACAGCCAGAAUUCUGUCUUCCAGAGAGGGAAUUGUUAGACUUAUCAACUAUAGAUGUGAUUCUGAUCUCUAACUAUCACUGUAUGAUGGCUCUACCCUACAUCACUGAAAACUCUGGUUUCAUGGGCACAGUUUAUGCCACAGAGCCCACACUGCAGAUUGGCAGACUCUUGAUGGAAGAGCUGGUUAACUUUAUGGAGAGAGUCCCAAAACCACAAUCUGCCACCUGCUGGAAAAGCAAGGAGGUGCAAAGACUACUUCCAGGACCACUGAAGGAUGCCGUGGAAGUGUGGGCAUGGAAAAAGUGCUACACAAUGCAGGAGGUCAACUCUGCUUUGAGCAAAGUCCAACUUGUGGGCUAUUCUCAAAAAGUGGAGUUGUUUGGUGCCGUGCAGGUCUCUCCUCUCAGCUCAGGGUAUUCUCUGGGCAGCUCAAACUGGAUCAUUCAGUCUCAUCAUGAGAAAGUAGCGUACGUGUCCGGCUCCUCCCUGCUCACCACACAUCCACAGCCGAUGGAUCAGAGCUCUUUGAAGAACAGUGACGUUUUGAUUCUUACAGGAUUGACUCAGAUGCCCACGGCCAAUCCAGACGGCAUGCUUGGAGAAUUCUGCAGCAACCUUGCCAUGACGAUCCGUGCCGGGGGCAACGUGCUGGUGCCCUGUUAUUCCUCUGGAGUCAUCUAUGACCUGCUGGAGUGUCUGUAUCAGUUCAUAGACAGCGCUAAUCUUGGGACCACGCCUUUUUAUUUCAUCUCACCCGUCGCCAACAGUUCUCUGGAGUUCUCCCAAAUUUUUGCGGAGUGGCUGUGUCACAAUAAACAAAGCAAAGUGUAUCUCCCAGAACCUCCAUUCCCCCAUGCGGAGUUAAUCCAAACGAAUAAGCUAAAGCAUUACCCCAGUAUCCAUGGCGACUUCAGUAACGAGUUCCGGCAGCCAUGUGUGGUGUUCACGGGGCAUCCCUCUCUGCGCUUUGGGGACGUGGUGCACUUCAUGGAACUGUGGGGCAAAUCCAGCCUCAACACCAUCAUCUUCACUGAACCUGACUUUAACUACCUGGAUGCUCUGGCUCCGUACCAGCCUCUGUCCAUGAAGUGCAUCUACUGCCCCAUCGACACGCGCCUCAAUUUCCAUCAGGUCUCUAAACUGCUCAAAGAAAUCCAGCCCCUACAUGUGGUUUGCCCAGAGCAGUACACCCAGCCUCCCGUGUCUCAGUCCCAUCGCUCAGACUUGAUGCUGGAGCUGCAGCCUCCUCCGAUGCCGUACCGCCGCUGCUCCGUGCUCAACCUGCCUUUUAAGAGACGAUACGAGCGAGUCUACAUCAUGCCCGAGUUGGCGAACUCCCUGGUGCCAUGUGAGGUGAAGCCUGGUGUCUCUGUGGCGACAGUUUCUGCUGUGAUUCACUCUAAAGACAACAAGCACACGCUUCAGUCGGUACCUAAGCCCCCUCCAGCCCCGCCCAGUAAGAAGAGGAAGCGUGUCAUAGAGGAGCCCCCAGCAUUUAUGAGUCCCAAAGCUCUGCUCAGUGGAGCUGUACCACUGGAGGGAUUUCUGGCCACAUUACAAAAGCACGGCAUAACGGAGGUUAAGGUGGAGGAGACGCCGGCGGGACACAUUCUGCACCUCCAGGAGCAGGACACUCUAAUCCAGCUGGACGAGGACGGGACUCACAUAGUCUGCGACAACAACGAGCCUCUGAGGACUACACUGAGAGACCUGGUGCUGCGCUUCCUCCUCAAACUUUGA